GGCGGCGGCGGCGGCCGGGCCGGGCCGGGCGGACCCCGCCCGCUCCCCCUGCUCCUCUCCCGGCCCCCCCAAUGCCGCUGGCCUGGCCCCCCCCCGCUCCCUGAGCUCCCCCGCUUCCCCUUCCCCCUCCCCGCACACCGCCUGCCGCGGCUUCCCCCUAUCGCGAUAGUCGCCGGCGGCGCGGGGGGGGGGGCCGCCAUGUCGAGCAGCGGUCGCAGCCCUUUGCCGACCGUCAACGAGAGGGACGCGGAGCAGCCCGCCGCCGUGGAGGGCAAGGGCGGCGGCAAGGCCAGCAUGCUGCGGGGCCGCAACGCGGGCACGGCCGCCGAGGAGCAGCCGCACAUCGGCAACUACCGGCUCCUCAAAACCAUCGGCAAGGGCAACUUCGCCAAGGUCAAGCUGGCCCGGCACGUGCUGACCGGCAAGGAGGUGGCCGUGAAAAUCAUUGACAAGACGCAGCUCAACUCCUCCAGCCUGCAGAAGCUCUUCCGGGAAGUGCGAAUAAUGAAGGUCCUGAACCACCCCAACAUAGUGAAGCUGUUCGAGGUGAUUGAGACGGAGAAGACGCUUUACCUUGUCAUGGAGUACGCCAGUGGGGGUGAGGUGUUUGAUUACCUGGUGGCCCACGGGCGCAUGAAGGAGAAGGAGGCCCGGGCGAAGUUCCGACAGAUAGUGUCGGCCGUGCAGUAUUGCCACCAGAAGUUCAUUGUGCACAGGGACCUGAAGGCCGAGAACCUGCUGCUGGACGCCGACAUGAACAUCAAAAUCGCCGAUUUCGGCUUCAGCAACGAGUUCACGUUCGGGAACAAGCUGGACACGUUCUGCGGCUCCCCCCCCUACGCCGCCCCCGAGCUCUUCCAGGGCAAGAAGUACGACGGGCCCGAGGUGGACGUGUGGAGCCUGGGGGUCAUCCUGUACACCCUGGUCAGCGGCUCCCUGCCCUUCGACGGGCAGAACCUCAAGGAGCUGCGGGAGCGGGUGCUGCGGGGCAAGUACCGGAUCCCCUUCUACAUGUCCACGGACUGCGAGAACCUGCUCAAGAAAUUCCUCAUCCUCAACCCCACCAAGAGGGGCACCCUGGAGCAAAUCAUGAAGGACCGCUGGAUGAACGUGGGCCACGAGGACGACGAGCUCAAGCCCUACAUGGAGCCCGUGCCUGACUACAAGGACCCCCGCAGGACAGAGCUGAUGGUGUCCAUGGGCUACACCCGCGAGGAGAUCCAGGAGUCGCUGGUGGGGCAGAAAUACAACGAGGUGAUGGCCACGUACCUGCUGCUGGACCACCGGGGCUCCGAGCUGGAGGAGAGCCUGUCCCUGAAGCCCCGCGUGGCCCCGGAGGUGGCCAACAGCUCGGGCCCCUCCCCCGCUCACAAGGUGCAGCGCAGCGUCUCGGCCAACCCCAAACGGCGCGUGAGCGACCAGGCCGGGCUCUCCAUCCCCACCUCGGCCUCGUACUCCAAGAAAACGCAGGCGGCCAACGCGGAGAACAAGAGAGGAGGAGGAGGAGGAGGAGGAGGCGGGGCAGGGGAGGAGGAGGGCGGGGGGCGCCGGGCUGGCAGCACGGCCAAGGUGCCCCCGAGCCCCCUGCCCGGCCUGGAGCGCUCCAAGGGCACCCCCUCCCCCUCCACGAACAGCGUCCUGUCCACGGGCACCACGCGCAGCCGCAACUCGCCGCUGCUGGAGCGCGCCAGCCUGGGCCAGAGCUCCCUGCAGAACGGCAAGGACAGCGGGGCCCCGCCCCGGGUCCCGGCCGCCUCCCCCUCUGCGCACAACGUCAGCCAGGGCCCGGGGGAGCGGCCCAGCUUCCCGCGGGGGGUCUCGAGCCGCAGCACCUUCCACGCGGGGCAGCUGCGCACCCCCCGGGACCCGCGGGACCCCCGGGACCCCCUGCCCUACGCGCUGCCCCCGGGGCUGCCCCCGCCCGCCUCCCCCUCGGGCGCCAGCCAGGGCCGGACCCGCCCCUCGGCCAGUCUGUUCAGCAAGUUCACCUCCAAGUUCGUGCGCAGAAAUCUGUCUUUCAGGUUUGCCAGAAGGAACCCCCACGAGCCCGAGAGCAAGGAGCGGGUGGAGACCCUCAGACCCGCGGUGGGCCCCGACAAGGACCCCCGCGACGCCGCCGGCCGCGACGCCAAGCCGCGCUCGCUGCGCUUCACGUGGAGCAUGAAGACGACGAGCUCGCUGGAGCCCGGGGAGAUGCUGCGCGAGAUCCGCAAGGUGCUGGACGCCAACAGCUGCCGCUGCGAGCCGCAGGAGCGCUUCGUGCUGCUGUGCGCGCACGGCGCGCCCGGCCACGACUCCUUCGUGCAGUGGGAGAUGGAGGUGUGCAAGCUGCCGCGCCUCUCGCUCAACGGCGUCCGCUUCAAGCGCAUCGCCGGCACCUCCAUGGCCUUCAAGAACAUCGCCUCCAAGGUGGCCAACGAGCUCAAGCUCUGAGCCGCGGCUCCAGCGGCCACCGGGCUCCGGAGGGGCCAGCAGGGAGCGGCUCCGGCUCCGGGACACGGACGUGGCAACCGGGAGCGG